AUGUCCUCCCACACCACCGUCCACGUCGCGGAUAUCUCACCCAAGACGAGUGAGAAGGAAGUAAGAGAUUUCUUCAGUUUUUGUGGAAAAAUAACCUCUCUAUCAAUUACCCCUAGCUCAGGCGAGCAAGACGCUCCACAGUCAGCAACAGUAACAUUUGAGAAAGAAGCCGCUGCCAAAACCGCCCUUCUGCUCGACAAUACCCAACUUGGUCCGUCCUCCGUCAAGGUAACAGCAGCCGCAUCCAUCGAUCAGCUAGCCGGCCCCAAAGCCCACGCGGAAUCCCCUGAAUCCAAAAACGACACCGCGGGCAUCCACGACAUUGAACAAGAAGACAAGCCCCGCUCUCGCAUAAUCGCCGAAUACCUCGCGCACGGCUACGUGAUCAGCGACCACGCGAUCCAACAGGCCAUCUCCCUCGACAAGAAGCACGGCUUCUCCACGCGUUUCCGGAACGCGCUGGACAACUUCAACGCCAAGUUCCACGCCACUGAUAAGGCCAAGGACAUCGAUAGUAGCUAUGGCAUCUCCGAUAAGGCUGCAAGUGGCCUGCGCGGACUUAGUUCGUACUUUGAGAAGGCCCUGGGCACACCGACGGGGCAGAAGGUGAGAGAUUUCUAUCUGCAGAGUGAUAAACAGGUGAGGGACAUCCAUAAUGAGGCGAGAAGGCUGGCGGAUUUGAAGAGUGGGAAGGCGGAAGAGGCGGAGGGGGUUGAGGGGAAGGAAAAAGCAGAGGCAAGUCAUGAUGUCCACUCUGAGGAGACGGAGAAGAGAGCGACAUGAAAUGCCGUUGGAGGAAUAAUAACUCGGUAAAGGGAAGAUGAGAUGAUUAGGUCUGACAGUAAUAUACUGAGAGGGGUUAUUGCUUUUUUUUCCCCUUUAUGUCCUUUUGAUGGCUUUUAGGCUUCCCGGUGUCAUUGUCCCUGGAAUGGCAGCGUCGACAACGAUUAUGAUAUGGUAUGAUAACCUGAAAUUCUCAUCGCCUGAAUUUGUGAUAUUUGCUUAAGCUUUUUUGAGUUGUUUUUGCUCUGCAAACUCUUUUGAUGUAUCUGUCUACCCCUGUAGCUCGCAUCGUUUUCAAAUCUUUAACGAAUGGGUCCUAUGC